CUGGCCAAGCUGUCAGUGACACCAGACACCCGAUUGGCCUUGUGCACCGCAGCCCAGAACCCCUGAGUGAUCUGCCAGCCUCAGUGCCACCAUUCCCGACAAACACUCAAUCCAACAUCCCCAGAAGAGUGCAGUCUAAUUUAAAGAAAUAAUAUUUGCAAGUAGGAAAAAUUCCUGAUUACCUGGCAUGGCAUCAUUGCAACAUACUUUCGAGAAUGUUAAACACAUAAAGAUCAGUGUGCAUCCAACCUCAUCUAUCCAGGUUUCAAGCUCAGGAACAGACAACUUAACAAUCUAUGAAUCUCAUACAACACCUUUUGGGUCAGAAUUAAAGAAAGAAGAGAAAACCCUGAGGAACCUCGUGGAGAUUCUGCAGGAUAUGAUGCAAGAUGUUCCUACACAGCGCACACCAACAGAACAAACAAUCAUUACACCCAAAAUAGUGAAAUCGUAUGUUAAUGGAAGUAUUGACUCUUUUUGGUUAAAUGUGGGCCAAAAACAUGAUAGAAAGCCACAGAAGUCAAAGAAAAAGGCUGCUGUUACAAGAAAAUUUACUACAUCUACAACAACCCCAUUUUGGAGUCUGCGAACUGGCACAGAAGUUUCUGUCCUUUUACAUACUAAUGAGUCGUCUAGCUCAACAACACCACUGAAAAAAAUAUUUAUUACAUUUGAAAAUGCUGUUUCAAAAAGAAAAAGAAAGACUUUUGAUCAGUUAACAAAUGGAUCCCUGGAAAAUCUAGUUCAGUCUUUAAAGAAUGUAAAAAAACUCAAAGAAACAGAAAACAUCACCAAAAAGGCAGAAAAACUGAAACAUAUUGCAAAGGUGAAAAAGCUACAUGUAUAUGACAAGGUGAAACAUCGACCUGCAGGUGAAGCAAUCCUGGAAAAGAUUGAAAAGCUAAAAAAAUUGUUACAGAAGCCACCAGAUUAUGUUAAACAAAAUCCACAUCUCAAGGAGUAUGUUGAAUCAUCUGAAAACUAUAUAACGAAAUCUCUUAUGCUGGAAAAAGAAGCAGAGGCUUCACUAGGUCUGCUGUAUCACCGACCUAAGCCUUCACCUCCGAAAGAAAAGGUAGAACAGAACACAGAAGUAGUAGAACAGGACACAGCAGAAAUCAGAAAGUUAAGAGCAUUUAUUAAUCUGCUGUAUGAUUUUAGUCCUCAGCUAACUACAUAUAUUGAUAGUUCUGACAAGAAAUAUGUCCCAGAGGAUAUUAGUGUAAAAGCUAUUGCUGUUCUUGAUGCUAUGAAACAUGUUUUCUGUGGAAGUCAGGCAGAGCAAAACAAAAAGGUGUUGAAGAAGUUGCUAGAGGAUGAUAUAAAGCUUUUAAACAUAGUUCUUAAGAACCACGAAUAGACUCUUAAAAAUAGUUAUUUAUUGGUACCCUUCAUUGCAUUUACUUUAAUUUUAAAGUUCGAUUUUCUAGUUUGUCAUUGUCAUCUAGACCUGAUCUCUGUUGUAACAAUAUUCAUCUCAGUAAUUAAACACCAUUUUUAAAAAAUGUUCAUUUUCAGUGUUUACCAUGAUGGGUUGUUGACCUUGGAUAAUCUUAUUCAUUUGUUAAAUUUGUGUUGGCAUCUGAAUGAAUUAUGCUUAGAUAUAUUGUUAGUUUAAAAUUUUGCAAUUUCCUUUUGUAAGGGUUGUUCUGCAAUGCCGCUGUAAUACAUACCACUUAGUGUAGACGGCUGAAGUAAAGCUUUUAGUCUUUUAAUGUUUAUUUGUUAAAAUUAAAUAACACCAAAUAGAUCGACACUCUUGGGCUAGUGACUCUCAACGAUAGGAAUGCAAAGGGGGGGUUACUCUGGUACAGGAUAGUGGUUCCUGUAGCUACCAAAUAAACGUCAAGGAGCAACCCUGGGCUCCCUGUUCUUGUUCACAAGUAGAGAAAGCCCUAACUGCAGUCAAACUACCAUGGUUCUGAUACAUGGGGAAGGAAGUGGGCAACAAAGGGGGCUUCUUGGAGCACUCCGUAAGAACUUAAGAACGGCCAUACUGGAUCAGACCAAAGGUCCAUCUAGCCCAGUGUCCUGUCUUCUGACAGGGGCCAAUGCCAGGUACUUCUGAGGGAAUGAACAAAACAAGUAAUCAUCAAGUGAUCCAUCCCCUGUCACCCAUUCCCAGCUUCUGGCAAACAGGCUAGGGACACCAUCUCUGCCCUUCCUGACUAAAAGCCAUUGAUGGACCUAUCCAACAUGAACUUAUCUAAUUCUUUUUUGAACCCUGUUAGUGUCUUGGUUUUCACAACAUUCUCUGGCAAGGUGUUACACAGGUUGACUGUACGCUGUGUGAAGAAAUACUUUCUUUUGUUUGUUUUAAACCUGCUGCCUAUUAAUUUAAUUUGGUGACCCCUAGUUCUUGUGUUAGGAGGAGGAGUAAAUAACACUUCCUUAUUUACUUUCUCCACACCAGUCAUGAUUUUAUAGACCUCUAUCAUAUCCCCCUUAGUUGUCUCUUUUCCAGGCUGAAAAGUCCCAGUCUUAUUAAUCUUUCCUCAUAUGGAAGCUGUUCCAUACCCCUAAUAAUUUUUGUUGCCCUUUUGUGUACCUUUUCCAUUUCCAAUAUAUCUUUUUUUGAGAGGGGGCGACCACAUCUAUAGCAGUAUUCAAGAUGUGGGGCAUACCAUGGAUUUAUAUAGAGGUAAUAUGAUAUUUUCUGACUUAUUAUCUAUCCCUUUCUUAAUGAUUCACAACAUUCUGUUCGCUUUUUUGAUUGCCGCUGCACACUGAGUGGAUGUUUUCAAAGACCUAUCCACAAUGGCUCCAAGAUGUCUUUCUUGAGUGGUAACAGCUAAUUUAGACGGCAUCAUUUUAUAUGUAGAGUUGGGAUUAUGUUUUCCAAUAUGCCUUACUUUGCAUUUACCAACACUGAACCCUAGUUGUCAUGGGAGCUCUCCUUUAUGGGACCUCUUUCUCCAUAGCUCAAAGGAAGGAAGCACAGGAGAAGUGCAAGAGUGGUCAGGGAAUCUGCUACCACGUGGGGCUCUGGACAAAAUGCAGACACAUUAUAUAGGGGAAUUUCCUAGACCGUAGGAGCUGUGCUGGUACUCUGGGCUGGAAAGGGGUGAUUUUUUCCCAUCCUCCAAAUUCUGAGGAUAUUCCCCAUUCAAAGCUUAUUUAUUCAAGUUUUGUGUCCAACAUUUGACCCCAAGUGAUUUUUUUUUAUGACAAGGCUGAUACCGCUUGCCUUGUUUGCUGGAGCCCAUGUUUUUCUUAUGACUUCAUUUUUUUUAAGGCUUUUGAGACCUAUUUUGGAAAGUAAGCCAUAAUGAAACAAGAGGUUUCCUUGAACAUUCUUGGUGGCUUCUUCCUGACUUCCCCAUAUACCUCAUGUGGCCUUUGAAGAGGAGAUAAUCCAAAUCAACCAUGUUUUCAGGUUAGGACAGUGCAGAUGUCCAGACCUGCACCAUGAAUCAAUGAUCAGAGAGAUUUAUCUCCUGAAUUAUGCUAUAUAGAUGCUGCCUACAGAGCCAUAUUUUUGCUCACUAGGUCCCAAAUGGUCAAUGAACUUUGAGAUCUAGAGGAUGAAAAGCCGGCCUUGUGAAGUGUUAACAAAUCAAAGGCUCCAACCCUUUCUUCACUUUACUAAGGGGAGCUUGCUCUCUUCUGAUAUAUGUGCAAGUUAUUCUUAAUUAAUUUAAAAUAAUUUAUACUUUCUGCUGCUUGUACAUAGGCACUUGCUGUUCCAUAUUGUUUUAAUUUUCUUAAGAUUUCUUUUAAAAUAACAUGAGUUCUUAAAGACUUUUGUCAAAUACCGUUGUUCCUACUUUUCUGUGUAUUUUUUAUCUGUGCGUGUUAAAAACUGUUUGAAAAUUGAAGCUUCAGAGUUUUUUGGCAUAAUGUCUAGAACUUCAUAUUAAAUCCAUUUGAUCUUAUAGAUUUGUUGGUUCAGUAUCUCUGACGUGGAGUUUCUUACAACUUUUUCUAAUAAAUCUUGGAUCAGACCAUGAUAGUACUAUCUAACAGUUGGACUACUGCAACAUGCUCAUUAUUGGUCUUUUAGUAAUAUCCACUCAAAUGAUGCAAAAUUUUAAAUAAACUUAACUUGAGAAUA